AUGACGAACACGAAAUACCAUGGAGCGAUCCCUUCCAGAUGCUGGUGUGGAAAGAAGAUUGUCACUUAUGUUUCAAAAACGGAAGAGAACCCAUACAGACGAUUCUUCAGAUGUGAGAUUGGUUUACAGAGAAAAAAAGAAAAUCAUCUUUUUAAGUGGGUGGACGAGGCUCUGCUAGAUGAGAUUGAAAGGAUGUCUGAGCAUCAGGCGAGAGUUGCUGAGGAAAUUGAAGAUCUGAGAAUUUCCAUGAAGAAGACAGUGCAGGAAGAAGUUAUGAACCAUAAGCAUUCGCUUGAUGUAGGUUGCGUAGGAACCCUUUUCAGUUUGUUAUGUCUCUGGUCCAAAUGUGAUUGA